CCCGCCCGAUGUCCAUGAGCGCGAACACCAUGAUCUUCAUGAUUCUGGGGGCGUCGAUCGUGAUGGCCAUCGCGUGCUUGAUGGACAUGAACGCACUGCUGGACCGAUUCCACAACUACAUCCUCCCGCACCUGCGGGGCGAGGACCGCGUCUGCCACUGCAACUGUGGCCGGCACCACAUCCACUACGUGAUCCCUUACGACGGGGACCAGUCGGUGGUGGACGCCUCCGAGAACUACUUCGUGACAGACAACGUCACCAAGCAGGAGAUCGACCUCAUGUUGGGGCUGCUGCUCGGCUUCUGCAUCAGCUGGUUCCUGGUGUGGAUGGACGGCGUCCUGCACUGCGCCGUGCGCGCCUGGAGGGCCGGCAGGCGCUACGACGGCUCGUGGACCUGGCUGCCCAAGCUUUGCAGCCUGCGGGAGCUGGGCCGGCGGCCGCACAGACCCUUCGAGGAGGCGGCCGGCAACAUGGUGCACGUGAAGCAGAAACUCUACCACAACGGCCACCCGAGCCCGCGGCACCUCUGAGCCGCGCGCAAGACUCGCGGGGCCUUCGGCCAAC